AUGGCAUAUUGUUGGAAAACAGAUCUAAAUACCAGUGAAUCACAUCAAGAGCAGCAUGAGCACCAAGAAUUUCACUCUGUAAAUCAGUCCUUCUUCCCUAGCCAAGUCAGUCUGGGUUUUGAUCAGCUAGUAGAUGAGAUCAGUAAUAAAAGUCCAUUCUAUCAGAGAGAAAUUGAAGAAAACACACUUUUUGUACCCUGUGCACCAAACUGGGACUCAAGACGGCAUUCGUUAAAUGAAACACACCAAAUAUCCUUGAAUGAAUUAACUUCUAAAAGUUCAGAACUCUCUAGUCACCAAGUGAGGAAAACACCAGUAAUUGGUUUUCGGGGUUCUGUGCUACUGAAUCCUGAAAAUAUGAACAAAGCAAGCUCUUGGGGAAACCCCAUAGGAAGAUAUCAUGUUGCUGAUGAUUACAGAUUAAAUAUUUCAGGUUCAUCAUCCACUAGUUUGGAUAAAAUUAAUUCACAGAGUCAAAAAGAAAAUGAAAAUCAUAACUACCACAUAGGAUUUGAAAGUAGCAUCCCUUCUACAUAUCCAUCCUUCUCAACUGACUUCAUGCCAAAAGAAGAGAAUAAAAGAAGUAGAAAUAUGAACAUUGUGGACUCCCUGAUGCUUUCUGAAGGUUCUUUUCCAUCCAGGACCUGGCAAAGUACACAGCCAGAAAAUACAGAGUUGACAGGUUGUUCUAUUCAGCUAGUUGAAGUACCUCAAGGCAGUAAUAAGAGUCUGGCCUCCUUCUGCGACAAAGUAAAAAAAAUAAGAGAAACAUAUCAUGCAGCUGACAUUAAUUCGAAUUCAGGGAAGAUCUGGAGCACCACUACAGCAUUUCCAUGUCAGCUUUUUUCUAACACUAAGUUUAAUAUAAACAUAUGUAUUGAUAACUCAACACAGCUACUUCAUUUUAAGCCAUACGCUAAUUAUCUUGUCAAGGACCUAAUUGCAGAGAUUCUACAUUUUUGUACAAAUGACCAGUUAUUCCCCAAAGAUCAUCUUCUAAGUAUAUGUGGCUAUGAAGAAUUUUUACAGAAUGAUUACUCUUUGGGGAGCCACAAAAUAUUUCAGAAAGAUAAAUCUGUUAUUCAACUUAGUCUUCAGAAAAACGGGAAAGUUCCAGGAAAGUUAUCUCGAAAGCAUGAAGAUGACCACAGUCAGUUUUAUCUGAACCAACUUCUAGAAUUUAUGCAUAUUUGGAAAGUAUCCAGACAGUGCCUUUCAACAGUAAUAAAAAAAUAUGACUUCUGCCUGAAAUGCCUAUUGAAAACCCAGCAAAAUGUAGAUAUUAUUGAAGAAGUAAAAAAUAUAUGCAGCGUUCUGGGGUGUGUGGAGACCAAACAAAUUACAGAUGCUAUAAAUGAAUUAAAUCUAACUCUUCAGAGAAAAGCAGAGAAUUUUCAUCAAAAUUCAGAGGCUUCAUCAAAAGGCUUGAUAGAGAAACUGACAACUGAAUUAUCCAGGGCCAUCUACCAGCUAAUCAGUGUCCAUUGCCGCAGCUUUUAUGCAGAUUUCCAGCCUCUAAAUGUACCUGAUGAGAUUUCCUAUGUAAAUCCUGGACUCCAUUCCCACCUUAGCUUCACAGUGUAUGCAGUUCACAACCUUCCAGAGACUUGGGUGCACAGCUACAAAGCAUUUUCUUUUUCCUGUUGCCUUACAUAUGCUGGAAGGAAGUUGUGCCAAGUGAGAAGCUACAGAAACAUUCCAGUCAAAAAAUUGUUCUUUUUCUUGGUCAACUGGAAUGAAAUGAUCAAUUUUCCUCUUGAAAUAAAGUCACUUCCAAAGGAAUCCAUGCUAACUAUAAGAUUGUUUGGGAUUUCCUGUGCAACCAAUAAUGCCAAUUUACUGGCCUGGACCUGUCUACCAUUGUUUCCAAAAGAAUCUGUAGAUUUGGAUAUUAUUGAAGUUGUUAAAACCAUCCAUGAAUUCUUCCUGUCUAAAGUCUUCUUGUAUUCACUCUCAUUUACAGUGAUUGAUUUUCCAGGUACUGAGUGGGAGUAUAUGAAGCUUGAUUCUGAAGAGAAUAGAAGUAAUCUUGAAGAACCACCAAAAGAGUGUUUAAAACAUAUUGCCAGACUUUCACAGAAACAGUCUCCUUUACUACUCUCUGAGGAAAAGAGAAGAUACUUAUGGUUUUAUCGUUUCUACUGCAAUAACGAAAACUGCUCCCUUCCUUUGGUGCUGGGUAGUGCCCCUGGAUGGGAUGAAAGAACUGUUUUGGAAAUGCAUACCAUUUUGAGAAGAUGGACAUUUUCUUGCCCUUUGGAAGCACUUGGACUUCUGACUUCUAGUUUUCCAGAUCAAGAAAUUCGUACAGUGGCAGUUCAACAAUUAGACAACCUCUUGAAUGAUGAACUACUAGAAUAUCUCCCACAACUAGUUCAGGCUGUCAAAUUUGAAUGGAACCUUGAAAGUCCUCUGGUACAACUCCUAUUGCACCGUUCAUUGCAAAGCACCCAGAUUGCCCAUCUUCUUUACUGGCUGCUAAAGGAUGCACAGAAUGAAACUUAUUUUAAAAGCUGGUAUCAGAAGCUAUUGGCGGCUCUCCAGUUCUGUUCAGGAAAAGCCUUGAGUGAUGAGUUUUCCAAAGAGAAAAAACUUCUUAAAAUUCUAGGAGACAUUGGGGAAAAAGUCAAGUCUGCCAGUGACCCUCAAAGACAGGAGGUACUGAAGAAAGAGAUUUUCAGACUAGAAGAAUUCUUUCAGUGCAUAAAUACCUGUCACCUUCCUCUGAACCCUGCCCUGUGUAUAAGGGGUAUUGAUCAUGGUGCAUGUUCAUAUUUCACAUCUAAUGCUUUGCCAUUGAAGAUUACUUUCAUCAAUGCUAACCCAAUGGGCAAAAACAUCAGCGUCAUUUUUAAGGCUGGAGAUGAUCUUCGUCAGGAUAUGCUUGUUCUGCAGAUUAUUCAAGUGAUGGACAAUAUUUGGCUGCAGGAGGGCUUGGAUAUGCAAAUGAUCAUUUAUAGAUGUCUAUCCACAGGAAAAGGUCAAGGAUUGGUGCAAAUGGUGCCUGAUGCCAUAACCCUAGCAAAGAUCCAUCGCCAUUCUGGACUGAUAGGACCAUUGAAAGAAAACACUAUCAAAAAGUGGUUCACUCAGCACAACCAUUUAAAGGAAGAUUAUGAAAAGGCCUUGAGGAACUUUUUCUAUUCCUGUGCUGGCUGGUGUGUGGUAACGUUCAUCCUGGGAGUCUGUGACCGACAUAACGACAAUAUCAUGCUGACAAAGUCAGGCCACAUGUUUCAUAUUGACUUUGGAAAAUUCCUAGGUCAUGCACAAACAUUUGGAGGGAUAAAAAGGGACCGAGCGCCUUUUAUUUUCACUUCCGAGAUGGAGUACUUUAUUACAGAAGGUGGGAAAAACCCACAGCAUUUCCAAGAUUUUGUGGAGCUUUGCUGUAGAGCAUAUAAUAUUGUCAGAAGGCACAGUCGACUGCUCUUGAACCUCCUAGAAAUGAUGUUACAUGCAGGGUUGCCUGAGCUGAGUGGAAUUCAAGACCUGAAAUAUGUGCAUAAUAAUCUUCGUCCACAAGAUACAGACCUAGAAGCAACAAGUCAUUUUACCAAGAAAAUAAAGGAAAGUCUGGAGUGCUUCCCUGUUAAGUUAAAUAACUUGAUCCAUACACUUGCCCAAAUGACAGCCACAAGCCCUGCCAAAUCUGCUUCACAGACUCCUUCCCAGGAAAUCUGUAUGCUGAGUGCAACCAGAUCAAUUCAAAGAGCGACAAUUUUAGGGUUCAGUAAGAAAACCAGUAAUCUGUAUCUAAUCCAGGUGACACAUGGUAACAAUGAAAUGAGCCUGACAGAAAAAUCAUUUGACCAGUUUUCAAAACUUCACGGCCAACUUCAGAAGCAGUUUGCAUCAUCGACUCUCCCAGAGUUUCCUCACUGGUGGCACUUACCUUUUACAAAUUCAGACCACAAACGAUUCAGAGAUCUAAAUCAUUACAUGGAACAGAUAUUAAAUGGAUCAUAUAAAGUUGCAAAUAGUGAUUGUGUUCUUAGUUUUUUUCUCUCUGAGCCUGUGCAACAAACAAUUGAAGAAUCACUUGUGGACCUAGGUGAGAAGUUUUCUGACAAGAUGCCUAAGGUGCAGUUAGUGAUAUCACAUGAGGAUGCGAAGCUGACCAUACUAGUGAAACACAUGAAAAACAUUCAUCUCCCAGAUGGCUCUGCGCCCAGUGCACAUGUUGAAUUUUAUCUUUUACCAUAUCCCAGUGAAGUUCGUAGGAGGAAAACAAAACCUGUUCCAAAAUGUACCGACCCCACUUAUAAUGAAAUUGUGGUGUAUGAUGAAGUCACAGAGCUCCAAGGACAUGUUUUAAUGCUUAUUGUGAAAAGCAAAACCGUAUUUGUGGGAGCAAUUAACAUCCAACUUUAUAGUGUCCCACUCAAUGAAGAAAAAUGGUAUCCUCUAGGAAACUGUAUAAUUUGACCAUUUCUAUCAACGAAUGCAUUAUUCAUUAACCACUUAUAUCUUUUUCCACUUCUGGGCCUGUUUAUCACUUAGAGCAGGACAUUUUUGUUGUCUAAGGUAGCAUAGUGUACCAAGGUCACAAGAAAAAGUCAUCAGAAUUAGUCUGUUAUAGUUAUAUAUCUUCUACUUGUGUUUCAUUGUUUUCUUAGCAUCUUUUCUCCUUAAUGAAGUGCCAA